AUGGAAGCCUCGAAAGAGCCUCCAGGCCCUUCACACUUUACUGUCCAUGUAUUCCUCAACCAUGAUCCCCUAAUCGCUCGAGUUUUGCUUCCCGACCUCUUCCUGGACUUCCCAGAUUCCUCUUGGAAGCUUGCCCCAUUGGUUGAACCGCCUCCACCACCGCGAGAGAAGCCGGAAUACAAAUCCUUGCCCAAAGGCGAGGGGGUGAAUCCCAGAGAAGGGUUAGGCCGCUACACCUUCUCCGAACCUUUGGCGGGCGAUACGACUCUUCUUCAGUUAGCCGAGAAGUACACCAGUUCGAUCUCGACGCACUUCAUCCUGGCGACAACGGAGCCACCGCAAGAUCACCAAGCCGGACGCGCGGUCUUGCAUCUGGUGCUCGAAAUCAAAGCAGCGGCGCUUCAGCGUAUCGUCGGCACCACAUUUCUACAGGAAGAGAUCAGAACGCCCUACUGCCAAUUUGUUGGCUACUGGAAUCGUCUGGACGGCUUCUGGCACCGUUUUGGCACGCGUUGGCAGUCCGGCUCGCAAUUAGAAUCCAACCUUGGCCUUUGGCGAUGCGCUACGUUCGCUUUUGCGUACUUGGCGAGACAGCAAGAGAAGGGCCUAACAUGGCCUGACGAUAACGAACUGAGAACCAGUGUGCAAAGGGCAGAAGAACUUCGAGAAAAGCGGCGGCAGAGCGACCUUUCGGAUCAAGCCCACUGGGACUUGACGCACGAACUUUUGAACCUUCUCCCAAGGAUCAGGCAGAUUGAGAGAAACAAGGCUGGCGGACACGAUCAGUUGCGAGACAUCUCGGUAUUUGUGACGCAGUGGGAGGACUGGGUUACGAACCAGGAUUUUCAGAACUUCACAAUCCGUCUUUUGAAGCCGGACGAAGUUGAGUCUAAAGUGGCGGCUGUCAUUCGUCAGGCGAGGCGGGUUGUUGAUGAAUGGAGACCAUCCGAAGGCAGGCAGCAGCUUCACGCAUCCAUCAAGGAGGAGUAUUACGGCGCGCGGCCGUGGUUGACCGAGGAAGAUCGAGCAAACGAUGAAAGAUACAGGCUCGAUGAACUCAAGCAUGCCGCAUGGCUCCCAAAUCCCACCGUCUGGGGAGCUGGGAACACAUCCGCGGACAACUCUGUCAUCUCGUCUCCUCAUAUUCAGGUGCACAGCAUGCGUCGCUCGGACGGAACGCUCCUCCCGGACCCGUCAGCUUCCAGUUUCAUGAUCAGCUCCGGUUCCAUCCUCUGGGGUCAGAUGGUCAGUUUAUACUCCACCAUGUCGCAUUCAGACUUCACUCAAAAUGCAGAUGCCAUACCUCCGGAGCUACAAGGUGGCACUAUCCUGCAGCAUCGCUUCCGUUACAGGUCUGCGGCUCGGCAUGGUCAAUGGAAAGUUCGGCCAUACAACGAGAGAAUAAGGAUUGGGAGGUUUCUGCCAGAUCCUGAUGGGCCAGGAUACCUCGCUGGCUGGAUCUUGCAUCACGAGGAUGUCGACCCUGGGAGAGUGCUAGAGAGAGUGCGAGCGCUGGAUGGGACAGGACCGGGGGCGGACGUAUUGUACGUUGGGCGGUACGACUGGUCCCACCAUUCCAUGCGCGACUUGGAGCUCGAGUUCCAGCAGUGGGCGGAACCAGUGAUCGGACCCGUUCCAGACAUCCAGGACCCGUACAACGUGACCAAAUGCAAUGUGCGCAAAGGCGGCUACAUGAUUGCCAUGGACGAAGCGGACUUCAAUCUGAACUUUGCGGCGGCGUACAAAAGAGACUGUGACAGACCUUUGUCCCAGAACCCUGGCGAGGCGAACCACGCGGCAACCCCUAUCGAGAAGGUGUUCCGCAAGGAUGGGCGGAACUUUGGCACGUUCCUGAGCAUGAUGUACAGCGGUGAGGACUAUGCCUGGCUGGUAUUUUCAGGGGAGAAGCAUGCCGACCACGGCGUGGAUGAGCUUGUGGCGCUCGUCUACUCGAGUGGAAAUGUGACAGAAAUGUACCACACCCUGGAAGGCGACCUGUCUUCCUUGUGA